ACGAAUUGGAAUUUUUAUUUCACACCCUUAUCUUGAAGUAGCAUCUACCAAACUCCUCCACGCUUGUUUAGAAAUAGACCAGAGAUGGGGUUUAUUUGUUGUAGAGCUUUAGGCGUGAGAAGACGAUGUUCAGUAAGCCACAAAUAUUGAAUUAUUUAUUGAAUAAAAAAGACCACUUGACUCAUAUUGACUAUGCGACUGUUGAUUUCUUUUUGAAUAAAAAAUUUGAAGUUUAGAUCAUCAAAAUGAGUACGUCGGACCGAAAACCAAGAGGCCGCGGGCGCGUCGAGGAUGAGGAUGACAGGUAGGGACCUGUUUUUACUACUUCGAGUAGUACCAACAACAAAUUGAAGACACAUUUUGAUUUUGUUUUUCAUUGCAACCCUCUCCACUAUGUAGCGAAAAAGCAACAGCAAGUUCAAGUUAUUUUUGUCUCUCAACCCCUCCCCCUCGCCCUCCCGUUCAUCUACCCACCAACCGUUUCCACAGCAAGAUUCUAGCUAAAACCACAGGUACGACGGCGAGUCAGGUCGUUUCGAGCGACUGGACGAGGAUGGCAUGGGGGAAGCCGCGAAGAGCGUGGAGGGUUGGGUCAUAGUGAUAGCCGGCAUACACGAAGAGACGCAAGAAGAGGAUAUAUACGAGAGGUUCAGCGAAUAUGGCGCGAUAAAAAAUAUGCACUUGAACCUCGAUCGAAGAUCAGGAUAUGUGAAAGGUACAACUUUUUUUACGUCGUCCUUGAAGAUAGACUUAUUGUACUGGACAACUACCACGAGGUCUAUGUUCUAACCCUUGACUUCUUGGUACAGUUACAAAACAGUCAAUACCGUUGGUACAGUUACAAAACAGUCAAUGAAUACCGUUGAAAGAAGUCCUACACCUACUUACGCAGUCUUUUUACACUAUAUAUUAAUCACCUACCACUUCCUGUAACCCUGAAAUAAACCCCGACAGGUUAUUGUUUCCUUGAGUACGAACACAAGGAUGAAGCAGCGCUAGCGAUAAGAGAACAGCAUGGCGCAGCAAUGCUUGGUGAGAAAAUGGUGGUGUCAUGGGCGUUUACAAAAGGUGAUCCAUCAAAAAGCAAGAAACGGAAACGAACAUAGAUUUGCGGAUCUUCUUUAUGAUCAUAAGAACGUUUCAUCAGCACAACAUAUUAUUGCUACUUCAUCAAGGAGAUCGAGAUACAUGAUUUUUGGUAACAAAAGAGCAAUCACACUACAUAACCAUGUUGAAGAACCUCCAGAAGGUCACAAGACGUACAUGAAAGAUGAACCCGCUACGAAUGCCCUUAAAGUCAUAUACUCAUCCGCCUCCCGCCCCAAGGAAGACACCAUCAACAUGUGAGGAAAUCACAGCAUAUUACUCCAACAUGCGGACAAGCUGCAUGGCCUAAGACUGGCC